AUGGCAGAACGGGCCAAUCUGGUCUUUCACAAUAAAGUGAUAGACGGAACUGCCAUGAAACGACUUAUUAGUAGAUUAAUAAAUCACUUCGGAAUGGCAUAUACAUCACAUAUCCUGGAUCAAGUCAAAACUCUGGGUUUUCAACAAGCUACUGCUACAUCCAUUUCAUUAGGAAUUGAUGAUCUUUUAACAAUACCUUCUAAGGGAUGGCUAGUUCAAGAUGCUGAACAGCAAAGUUUGAUUUUGGAAAAACACCAUCAUUAUGGGAAUGUACACGCGGUAGAAAAAUUACGUCAAUCCAUUGAAAUAUGGUAUGCUACAAGUGAGUAUUUGCGACAAGAAAUGAAUCCUAAUUUUAGGAUGACUGACCCUUUGAAUCCAGUUCAUAUAAUGUCUUUUUCGGGAGCUAGAGGAAAUGCAUCUCAGGUACAUCAAUUGGUAGGUAUGAGAGGAUUAAUGUCAGAUCCACAAGGACAAAUGAUUGAUUUACCCAUUCAAAGCAAUUUACGCGAAGGACUUUCUUUAACGGAAUACAUCAUUUCUUGCUACGGGGCCCGUAAGGGGGUUGUGGAUACUGCUGUACGAACAUCAGAUGCUGGAUAUCUCACGCGCAGACUUGUUGAAGUAGUUCAACACAUUGUUGUACGUCGAGCGGAUUGUGGCACUGUCCGAGGGAUUUCUGUGAGUCCUCAGAAUGGGAUGAUGCCGGAAAGGAUUUUGAUCCAAACAUUAAUCGGUCGUGUAUUAGCAGAUGAUAUAUACAUAGGCCCACGGUGUAUUGCCACUAGAAAUCAAAACAUUGGAGUUGGACUUGUAAAUCGAUUCAUAACCUUUCGAGCCCAACCAAUAUCGAUUCGAACUCCCUUUACUUGUAGGAGUACAUCUUGGAUUUGUCGAUUAUGUUAUGGCCGGAGUCCUACUCAUGGCGACCUGGUUGAAUUGGGGGAAGCUGUAGGUAUUAUUGCAGGUCAAUCGAUUGGAGAACCUGGGACUCAAUUAACAUUAAGAACUUUUCAUACUGGCGGAGUAUUCACAGGGGGUACUGCAGAACAUGUCCGAGCCCCUUCUAAUGGAAAAAUAAGAUUUCAUGAGGAUUUGGUUCAUCCGACACGUACACGUCAUGGGCAUCCCGCUUUUCUAUGUUCUAUAGAUUUGUAUGUAACUAUUGAGAGUGAAGAUAUUCUACAUAAUGUGAAUAUUCCCCCCAAAAGUUUUCUUUUAGUUCAAAACGAUCAAUAUGUAGAAUCCGAACAAGUGAUUGCGGAGAUUCGCGGAGGAACAUCUACUUUGAAUUUGAAAGAGAAGGUUCGCAAACAUAUUUAUUCUGAUUCAGAUGGAGAAAUGCACUGGAGUACUGAUGUGUAUCAUGCACCUGAAUUUACAUAUGGGAAUGUUCAUUUAUUAUCAAAAACAAGUCAUUUAUGGAUAUUAUUAGGGGAGCCGUGCCGUUCCAGUCUAGUCUCCCUUUCGAUCCACAGGGAUCAGGAUCAAAAGAGUGCGCAUUCCCUUUCUGUCAAGCGAAGAUCUAUUUCCAACCUCUCAGAAACUAAUGAUCGGGCGAUACAAAAAAUCUUUAGUGCGCAUUUUUCUGGUCAAAAAGAAGAUAGGAUUGCUGAUUAUUCAGACCUCAAUCGAAUCAUAUGUACUGAUCAUUCUAAUCUCGUAUAUCCGGCUAUUCUACCUAUUCUAGCCGAGAAUUCGGAUUUUUUGUCAAAUUUAUUAUCAAAGAGGCGAAGAAAUCAAUUCAUCAUUCCACUCCAAUCGAUUCAAGAACGCAAGAAGGAAUUAAUGCCCUGUUCAGGUAUCUCGAUGAAAAUCCCCACAAAUGGUAUUUUCUGUGGAAAUAGUAUUAUUGCUUAUUUCGACGAUCCUCGGUACAGAAGAAUGAGUUCGGGCAGUACUAAAUAUGGGACUCUAGAAAUGCAUUCAAUCGUGAAAAAAGAGGAUUUGAUUCAGUAUCGAGGAGUGAGGGAAUUUCGACCAAAACACCAAAAGAAAGUAGAUCGAUUUUUUUUCAUUCCCGAAGAAGUGCAUAUCUUACCCGGAUCUUCUUCCAUUUCCAUAAUGGUACGGAACAAUAGUAUCAUUGGGGUAGAUACACAAAUCACCUUAAAUAUAAGAAGCCGAGUAGGCGGGUUGGUCAGGGUGGAGAAAAAAAAAAAAAGAAUUGAACUGAAAAUCUUUUCUGGAGAUAUAUAUUUCCCUGGAAGAGCAGAUAAGAUAUCCCGACAUAGCGGCGUUUUGAUACCACCAGGAACAAGAAAAACAAAUGACAAGGAAUCCAAAAAAGUGAAAAAUUGGAUCUAUGUCCAACGGAUUACGCCGAGCAAGAAAAAGUUUUUUGUCUUGGUUCGACCUGUCGUCACAUAUGAAAUAAUGGACGGUAUAACUUUGGCCACACUUUUCCCCCCCGAUCUAUUGCAGGAAAGAGAUAAUGUGCAACUUCGAGUUGUCAAUUAUAUCCUUUAUGGAAAUGGCAAACCAAUUCGAGGAAUUUCUGACACAAGUAUUCAAUUAGUUCGGACGUGUUUAGUUUUGAAUUGGAACCAAGACAAAAAAAGUUCUUCUAGUGAAGCAGCCCGCGCUUCCGUUGUUGAACUAAGGACAAACGAUUUGAUUCGUCAUUUCCUAAGAAUCGACUUCGUAAAAUCCCCCAUUUCGUAUAUCGGAAAAAGGAAUGAUCCUUGGGGUUUAGGAUUGCUCGCUGAUAAUGGAUUAGAUUGGACCAAUAUCAAUCCCUAUUCCAAGGCAAGAAUUCAACAAACCCUUAACCAAAAUCAAGGAACUAUUCAUACAUUUUUGAAUAGAAAUAAGGGAUGUCAGUCGUUGAGCAUUUUGUCAUCAUCCAAUUGUUCUCGAAUGGACCCAGUCAACGGUGCAAAAUAUCACAACGUCAUACAAGAAUCAAUUCAAGAGGAUCCUCUAAUUCCAAUUAGGAAUUCAUUGGGUCCUUUAGGAACAUCCCUUCCAAUUGCGAAUUUUUAUUCAUUUGAUCGGUUACUAACUCAUAAUCAGAUCUUAGUAACUAACUAUUUGCAACUUGACAAUUUAAAACAGCCCUUUCAAGUAUUAAAAUUGAAAUAUUAUUUAAUUGCGGAAAAUGGGAAAAUUUAUAAUCCAAAUCCACGCAGUAAGAUUCUUUUGAAUCCAUUGAAUUUGAAUUGGUAUUUUCUCCACCACAAUUAUUGUGCAGAGACAUCUAAAAUAAUGAGUCUUGGACAGUUUAUUUGUGAAAAUGUCUGUAUAGCCAAAAAAAGACCCCCCCUCAAAUCGGGUCAAGUUAUCCUUGUUCAAGUUGAUUCUGUAGUAAUACGAUCAGCUAAGCCUUAUUUAGCCACCCCGGGAGCAACUGUUCGUGGCCUUUAUGGAGAAACUUUUUACGAAGGAGAUACCUUAGUUACAUUUCACUAUGAAAAAUCGAGAUCCGGUGAUAUAACACAAGGUCUUCCAAAAGUAGAACAGGUAUUAGAAGUGCGUUCCGUUGAUUCAAUAUCGCUGAAUCUAGAAAGGAGGGUUGAGGGUUGGAACAAAUGUCUAACAAGAAUUCUUGGAAUUCCUUGGGGAUUCUUGAUUGGUGCUGAGCUAACUAUAGCGCAAAGUCGCAUCUCUUUGGUUAAUAAGAUCCAAAAAGUUUAUCGAUCCCAGGGAGUGCAGAUUCAUAAUCGGCAUAUCGAAAUUAUUGUACGUCAAAUCACAUCAAACGUGUUGGUUUCAGAAGACGGAAUGUCUAAUGUUUUUUCACCCGGAGAACUUAUUAGAUUGUUGCGAGCAAAACGAAUGGGGCGUGCUUUAGAAGAAGCAAUCUGUUAUCGAGCCCUUUUAUUGGGAAUAACAAAAGCAUCUCUCAAUACUCAAAGUUUCAUAUCGGAAGCGAGUUUUCAAGAAACUGCUCGAGUUUUAGCAAAAGCAGCUCUCCAGGGGCGUAUCGAUUGGUUGAAAGGCUUGAAAGAGAACGUUGUUUUGGGGGGGGUGAUACCCGCAGGUACCGGAUUCAGAGGAUUAGUGCACCCUUCAAAACAAUAUAAUAACCUUUCUUUAGAAACAACAAAAAAGAAUCUAUUCGAGGGGGGGGUGAGAGAUAUUUUGUCCCAUCACAGAAAAUUAUUAGACUCUUCCCUUUCAAAAAAAUUCCACAAUACAUCACAUAAUACAAUACAUCAAACAAUCAUUUAUAGGAUUUAUAAUGAUUCCUAA